UAAUUCAUCUUGGCUUUUCGAACGACGUAUACUAAGGCUUUGAUUACUCCAAUACGCCGUUAGAAGGUGCGUUGAAAAGUCAAGAUCAAAAUAAAGCAUGUGGACGAGAUUCACUUUCCCAAACUGAAUUACUGUUCGCAGAACAUCAUAGAGUGACAAUGAAUAAUUCCAAUGUGACUACAAACAACACUCUGGAAAGAAGCGGUGAUUCCGAGAUAUCAUGCCCGCACGGGAGCCCCGACACGAACUUAACAAAAGCGUUCAAGACGAUUAUCUACUGUGUGAUAAUUCUCGGGUCAAUCCUUGGAAACUCGUUCGUCAUCUUAGUGGUGUAUAAGAGGAAAAGAAUGAGGACCACGACAAACUACAUGAUAGUCAGCAUGGCCGUCAGCGAUCUGUUUUUUGCCAUCUUUGCUGUUCCGCCGUCCAUCCGGACUGUUUACGCUGGGCACGAUCUUCUUGUUAGAGGAAUCACAGCUGAGCUGAUUUGCAAAUUGGUUACAUUCAUUCAGCAGGUGUCAAUAGAUGUCUCUAUCCUAUCGCUAACCGCCAUUGCCUUUGAUCGCUUCUUCGCUAUCAUGUUACCUUUUCGUAAAGUGAUCACAUGUCGCACCACAAAAAUUCUCAUCGUCUUAACUUGGCUAUUUGGGAUUUUGUUUGCAGCUCCAAUUCUGUACACUAACCGAAUUGUCGCGGGAGAGGGAGGCGAUGGAACCAUUUGCGAGGAAAUUUGGGAACCCCUUUUCGAAAGCAGUAAAGCGAGAAAAGAUUACACUUUUAUUCAUUUUGGUUUUUUCUAUGCGGGCCCACUCACGAUUAUAACAGUUCUCUACACGGCCAUCGUGAUUGAGUUAUGGCGCGGGAAUUCCAUCACAUUUCGCUGCAAAGCAAAUCACCAAGAGGUUGAAAAAUCAAAUAGGAAAGUGCUCAAGAUGCUUGUGACUGUGCUGGUUGUUUUCGCACUCUUCUGGCUUCCGGUGUACAUCUUUCAAUUUACGUUUUACGUAGCAAACAACACUUGCAUAGUCUCUGGAGUAAUUCAAUUUCUUGGUUAUUUCUUUUGUCAAGCUACUAGCGCGAUAAAUCCCCUCAUCUAUGCGUUUUUCAGCGAAAACUACAGGAGUGGAUUCAAAGAUUGUUUGCGCGCUAUUCUUCAUUGUCAAGGCAGAAAGCUUUUUCAAAGCGAUUCCUCGACGAUAAAGAGUGUCGGAAGUCGCGAUCGGCGAAACAAAAAGGUUGAAUUGUACUUUCUGUGAAAACUGGAAAAUCGUAUUCUACUCUCAAUGCGCGCAAAAAGAUGUUCGAGAGGGAGGCUCGUUUACUGUUUGUUUAUCGUCAGCUUUUUUUUCUCCUGUUCAUCAGACACCACAGCCGCGUACGAGUGAUCGUUUCUUCCCCGCGGCCUGUCGCGUCCGAAAGGAAAGCAUUUUUCUGUUGUUUUGCAUAAAAAUUGAGCCUUUGCCGAUCGGAUUGCGUGAGACAUAAUAACGUCAGUUUUUCUUUUCCUUGAUUAAUUUUAAUAUUGGGAAAUUUAUGCAAACUUGAGAAAUGCUGUAUAUUUGUCGUACGGCGUUCAUUAAAUGUAUAUAUGUAUAUAUAAUAUUUUUACAUUUAUUGCGAAAAGUUCUUUAGAGGAUUAAACAGUAAAACGUCUUCAAGAACUUUGUAAGGAACGAAAUAGAUAAAGACUACUAACGAACUGCUUC